AGCGAGCGACUGGCCCGACCCGACCCAGCGAGCUUCCCGACUCACUGCGGACUAGAACCCAGAUGGGCAAGGGCCGCAGCCCCCCACUGUAACCCCCACUGCAACCCCGGCCCUUCCACCGCCAUCACAGCCCCAUUCCACCAGAAGCAAGAUAAUGUACAAUGAAUGAGUGGGCGCCCAUCGCGAAGGAGUAUGAUCCCCUCAAAGCAGGGAGCAUCGAUGGAACAGACGAGGAACCCCACGACCGUGCUGUCUGGCGGGGGAUGCUGGCACGGUACGUGCCCAACAAGGGUGUGUCGGGAGACUCACACCUCACCCUGUUUGUGGCCAGGCUCAACCUGCAAACCACAGAGGACAAGCUGAAGGAAGUCUUCUCCCGGUACGGAGAGAUCCAGAAGAUCCGCCUGGUUCGAGACCUCGUCACCGGGUUUUCCAAGGGCUAUGCCUUCAUUGAGUACAAAGAGGAGCGGGCGCUCCUGAAAGCUCAUCGAGAUGCCAACAAAUUGAUUAUUGACCAGCGUGAGGUCUUUGUUGACUUUGAGCUGGAGAGGACCCUCAAAGGAUGGAUUCCCCGGAGGCUCGGGGGCGGCUUUGGGGGCAAAAAGGAGUCAGGGCAGCUGCGCUUUGGAGGCAGGGACCGGCCGUUCCGAAAGCCCAUCAAUUUGCCUGCCAUGAGAAGCGAUUUUUACAGAGAAGGAACCACAGGAAAAAGAGAUCGGCCUUGGUUUCGGGAGGGUGCAAGGGACUGGAAGGCAAGGGACCGGGAUCACGAGAGGAACAGGGAGCAGAGACAUUCCGAAAGGGAGCGCUCACGAGGCUCAGGCGAAAGAGACCGCGAGCGGCACAGCAGAGACGAAAGGAACAGAGGGAAGGAGGAAAGAGACAGAGAAAGAAAAGAGCGGAGUCGGGACCACAGCUUGAAGAAACAGAGGGAUGAAGAUAGGAACUGAUCUGAUGCUGCUUGACUAGAGCCCCAGUGGAUUAUGGGAAGGCAUAUUGGUCCAGCCUCUGGAACAGAUGAACCAACGUCUGGAUGACUUAUUCCGAUGGUUUGGGGGAAAGGAAAGGUCAUUUUUGUUAGGGCAGCCUUCUCCAAGCUGGUGCCUCCAGAUACAUUGGAUAGCAAAUGUCCUACAAUACCUCUGGAGGGCACCAGCUUGGGGAAGUCCUGAGGGGACUCUGCACUGGGCAAGGGAAAAGGAGGGACUGUAGAAUCGGCAGGAAGGACAGAAGAGAAACAGAGGCAUUCCGGAAGAAGAAAAGGGACCCAGACCGUUCUGUUCAAGGCAACCAUGGAAAAGGGCAGCAAUGCUUAGGAAGUGAAGGACUGAAUUUCAGGCACUGCUGCGAGUGAAUUAGCUACAUGUUUGUUCAAAUUCUGUUUGUUCUUCCUGAAAAAAAUUGGAGGAUUCUUGUUAAUUCAGAAAUAGUUUAUUUAGAAGAUUAAAAAGGUCUACAGUUGACAAAGCCCUAUCUGUCGCUCUCGAAACAAACUCUUUAUUGCAUUGCUACCUUAAUCACACCCUGAAUCUUUAAUAAAGAUACUAAUUCACUCCUUUUA